AUGAUCUUUGCAUCCCUGCCGAAUUCUACAGCCUUCACCGGGAGCAGCUGGGGGAGGCCCCUCUGGGCAGGUGUAGCGGGAGUUCGUUUGUUGGCUUUGCCACUAUUGUUGGCGCCUCUGUCUUCUCCUCAGCAUUUACACAGCUGGACGAGAGGCAUCCCAAGCAGGAGGGGGCUCUCCUCAAGCGGCAGCAGCAGUUUUCUCCAAGCGGUCCGCGUUGGGCAGCGGGCCCAGCCAGCAGACUCGGUAGCAAAUACACCAUACCCGUUUCGGGAGGUGUCUUUGGCAUUUGGUACCACGCCUUUCAAUACCAGAGAGGUCUCACCGUCUCGACACAGUCGGCUUUCGGCAGCAGAAAGUUCAGCAGCAGCAGCAGUUCCUGUAGCAGCAGCAGUUCCUGUCGCAGCAGCAGUUCCUGUAGGAGCAGCGGCUCCAGCAGCAGAAACUGCAGCUGAAGUUGCUUCAGCAGUAGCAACGAUUGCAACAGGAGCAGAAGCAGAUCUGUAUCAAGGCGAACAACAGCAGCAACUCCAGCAGCAGCAUCACCACCACACACAGCAAGGAGGUGAUCCUGUUGAGCAUGAAAUGAAAGCCUUGGGCCGUUCUGUGCCGUCUGCUGUUCCUUCACCGGUGUCUGUACAUCCCUUUGGGGUCUGCAGGCCCGAGAAAGAGAAGCAGCGUCGCUCAUUUUUCAGUUAUUUCGUCGAUUGGCUUAGGGGCCCAAAGGGCAUGGGAGACCCCGAGACCAUCUCCGCCUUAGCGCGGAAAGUGCAUUGCUGGAACGUGCAGCGACAGCAGCAGCAGCAGCAGCAGCAGACGAAGCUGCUGAUUGCGAUGAGGCAUGCAGAGAGCACCUUCAAUGUAUGGCGGCGGGAGUCGUUCACUAAACUCCGAUUUCGAGAUAUGUUUAGGCGAGACUGGGGAGAAGAGGAUGUGCCGCUAUCACCAGAGGGCUUAGUGCAGUGUGCGACAGCUGCUGCUGAGCUGUCAAGUUUGUUAUGUGCUGUGAGGGAGUUGGAGGCAGAGGACAGAGCUCGUGCAUCGGCAGCAGCUGCUGCUGCCGCUGCGCCAGCAACAGCAGCACCGGAGACAGAAAAACAAUUGUUGCGUCCGUUCUGUGUUGAUGCAUUUCUCGUCUCGCCAUUGACACGAGCGCUGCAGACAGCCGCCAACACUUUUCAUUAUGCAGACCCCGGGUGGCAGUGUCCUGCUGUUGCUGCAAAUACUGCAGCAAAAGGUGCAGCAGCAGGUGCAGCAGCAGCAGCAGGAGACAUCAAUGUAAGGUGGUUGGUGAGCACUUUGUUGCGGGAGAAGAUAUCAACAAAAGGUGACGUCGGAAUUGAAAGAGAGAAGCUGCUUUCUCGUCUCUCUGAGCUAUACCGACAGGGGAAAGUGCUGAGUGGCUCUACCUUUGAUUUCAGUCUGUUGCCCCAGGGCAUGUGGUGGGUGCCACACACAGAAGAGCAGCUGCAGCAGCUGCUGGAGCAGCUGCAGCAAGAACUGCAGCUGCAGCAGCAGCGAGUGGUGCGCAGCAACAGCAGUAGCUGUUUGGACUCUGCUGCAACUCCUGCUGCUGCUGGUUGCGCCUCGGACACAGCGAGCACCGCUGCAUCGGAGGGGGGCGCUAUGGGGGAGUUGAACGAAUUGGUGUUGAGUUUAGGAAAUGUCUCUAAGCCUAGGGGAAUGAGUGCAGCAGAAGCAACAGUAAGAAAGGUCUUUGAACACCGAGAAAAAACAGCACAAGAGCCACUGGCAUUGGAGCGGCGGUUGCAGCUGUGGCGCCUGGAGAGUGCAAAUUUGCCUUUGUACAGAACUGUGCCCAGAGAAAGCAAUGAAGCCGUAGCACUAAGAGCGAAAAUACUCCUCUCGCUCCUCUGCAAAGCAGAAGGAAUGCAUGCAGCUUUCCUGGUUACCCACUCCCUCUUCCUGAAGGCUCUAACAGGUGGAUCAUCGAAAUUCAGAAACGCCGAAUUUCGGUUAUUUUCGCUCAUUUGCGAUGAAAACCCGAGGCUGGUGCCACUAUAA